CCCACCGAACUAACAGCACUACUUAGUGAGCAAUUGAAUUGAAUUGAAUCAACCAAGUUGAAAACUAACGAACAAAUGAAGAAAAACCAAAACCAAACCCUUGGUCGUAUGUUUUCAAAUCCCCUCAGCGAGAUUGAUACCAACGUUGAGCUGAGGCAUACUCGUAGCUGUAGCAACACUUGUCUCUAUGUAGCCGACAACAAGAACAAGAACAAGAACAAGGAAAAUGCCGCCAAUGUUGUUUCUCUUCCAAAAUCCAACUCAUUACAGUUGUGCAUGCAAAUCAACUCUGAUUCUUCCCACUUUUCAAGCUCUUUGAAAAUUUGGGACCACUCCGACUCUGAAGCUGCUCCUGCUUCCUCCUGGUCUACUUUACCCAACAAGUCUUUGAUAUGUAGAACAUUGCCUAUAGAUAUUGGAAGGUGUACUUGUGUUAUUGUUAAGGAACCAACACCUCAGGGUCUCUCUCGCUCUGCUGCCAAUUUCUUCUCUCUUUAUACAUAUGAAGGUCAUGGACGACAGAAUAGGAAAUUGGCUGUUGCCCACCACAAGCGCCGUAGUGGGAGGUCUCACUUCACAGUUGCUCAAAAUCUCAAAGGACUACUCUCCAAUUCUCAUGAUGAUGAUACUUUUCUCGGGACAGUAACCUCAAACCUCACCGGCUCAAAAUACCACAUUUGGGAUCAGGGAUAUCAUCGCCAUAAGCCCCGUAGUAAACCACCUCUUGCUGUUGUUGAGUAUGUACCUACAAUAGCAACAUGUACUGGAACUCACAGAACCAUCAAAGCUUAUAUACCAAACCAUCAAUCUAUGUCUUUCAAGAACACCAACCAGGUACAACACAUUAAGGGACUGCCAAUGAAUUGGGAGGGAAAAAUGGACAAAGUGCAUCAACUAUUCUCAAGGGAUCCACUCUAUAACAAGAGUACAAAGCAAUUUGAGCUUGACUAUAGAGAUAAAGGAAGGCCAGGACUUGGAAUCCAGAGAUCCGUGAAAAACUUUCAGCUCACUUUAGAGGAGAAUGGGAAGCAGACAAUCCUGCAGCUAGGGAGGGUAGGAAAAUCUAAUUUUGUUAUGGACUACAGAUAUCCUUUGACUGGUUACCAGGCGUUUUGCAUAUGUUUGGCUUCCAUUGAUGCAAAGCUUUGUUGCAUAGUGUAGCGGCAAAUCUCUCUGUUCCCACCAUUGGUUCAACCUCUGAACUCAAGAUCUCUUCUGUUUCGCCCAGCCCCAUCCAGAAAGAAGUCUUGGAAUUUAUUUGCCCAAGUUAGUGAAGCUUUUGUCUGAGUACAUUUUUCAACAGAAAAAUGAAAAUUUUGGAGUUGUAUUUGGUGUGUCUAAUCUUCAGCUAGGAAGAUAUAGUGCCAUCCAACUAUCGCAAAAAUGAAUGUAUAAAUCGCUGUGUUCAGAUGAUCACUUUGUUACUUUCCGACUUUGUAAUCUUCACUAUUAUUUUACUAAAGAUUGUAUCCAUUGAAUCAAAGAAAGUAAGUGAGCUGGUAUGAUUUAGUUCA